AUGUCUUUUUAUCCAGGAGACGAAGAGCCGCGGGAUAGGCCUUACGAAGAUCCAGCUGUAAUUGAGCAGCAACGUAUAGCAGAAAAACUUGGUCCAUGCCCAAAGGGCGGUUUGCAUGAGUUAAGAUCUUACUAUACGAGUGGAACUCUAUUCUGGGCUUUCGUGUUAGGCUUACCGAGAUUUUGUGGUUAUUCAAAGAAAAAAACUGUAUGUAAAAAAUGUAAUGCUACGUUUAAAGGUUUUUAUUUUCCGGAAGCUGGUAGCAUGGAUUAA